AACGAGCAAUAAACAAAGCACUGAACAGUGCCAUUUCUUCUUAACGACGUAACUUUAAUCGAUAAAACCAAUCAGAAAACUACGAGAAAGUCUAUUAAACUCAUCCUCGGUAUGAGUGUUUACUAACCGAGAAAAAGUAGCAAUGCAAAAAUGUUAAAUGUUAAUAAUAUUUUGUAAAUAAAACACGUUUUCGUUUAUUUUACCAGUUUUAGUGGUAUAAUAGUUGUCAAAAAUAAACUAACUAACAAAUAUAUAUAUAUAUAUUUUAAAGUAUGGCAUGUCGAAAUCUAGAAUCAAAUUUACCAAAUUAUUCCGAAUAUUCCGGGACGCAACCAACAGUUUCAAGAAAAGUUCACUUUAACGAUAAACAAAGCGAGAACUGUUUUCACUACGAACUUUUUCCUGAAUGUCAUUCAAAAGAUGACAAUCAUAUAUUUUUAAGCAAUCAAAUUAAAUUUAAUGAUGCGUACACAAACGAUAAAGAUAUCAAAGAUGUAGUAGAAACCAUUCCACAAAUAGAAAACAAACAUUUGGAUGUUCAGAGUAUUACUUUAAAACUAAAGCAAUCUUAUGACAAUAUUGAUCGUGAACAAGAUUUACUAAAAAAGAUUUCACAAGAACUAAACUUGUCUAAAAGUAAAUUAAUGUGCCAUCAAUGCGCCGUUUAUAAUAAAGAUACUGCUCGCGAAGUUGAUCGAUUGCUCAAAGAAGUAGAAUGUUUACAAAACCACUUCCAAAGCGUAGCUAAACGGAAGAAAAAAUACUUAGAGGAGUUGUCUCUUCUUCAAGUUGCUUUACAUAGAGAUCGGACUCAAAUGGAAGCAAGUUUUCAAGAAUCACCUGAUUCAAAACAAAUUCUUAAAACAAAACUAGAUGAGUCAUCAAAAGUGACACGUGAUCAAAGAAAAAUGAUUUACAAACUUAAAAGUGAUAACAUUGCUCUUUGGAAACUUUUACAAGAGGUUCAAGAGCAUUUAAGAAACGAACACCAUAAAGGAAAUGAUUUUAUCAACGAGUUUCAGGCAUCUUCAGGAAAUAAACAGUUAUCAGAUAUUCCAACUAAAAGAGAAGUGGAUAUUUACAAAAACAUGUAUACCGAUGCAGUCACGUCAUCGGCAUCUUCAUCAUCAUUGGAUAUUUUUCAAGAUGGCAGAGUAUCAAACUCUAGUAGUUCAAGCAAUGAGAAUUGUCUGUCUGAAAAAAUACGUCACUUGAUUGCACAAACUGAACAUAUUAAACAAGUUAUUCCAAACAUUGAGAAUCACCAGCAUGAGUUUGUGGAAACUAGCAGACUUUGGGGGGCUGGAUUAGGUUUACGAGAGUGUCGAAUUCCUUCCGAAAAUGAAAAAGGAAUGAGAAGCGAUAUGAAUGAUAUAAUGUCCAGAUGUGAGGAUCUUGAAAAAAAAGUCGAUCAAUGCUCCACAAAAGACAUUAGAGAAAUACUCAUCCACCAACUUCAAGAAAUUGACCAAGAAAGUUCAACAUCAAAUUCAUCUAAAGACAGCAGUUGGAAAAGGCGUAGUGAUCCAACUUGCAUUUGGAAUCCAGAGCAACAUCAAAGAGCGAGAGAAGAUAUUUUGCAAUGUCUUGAUAAAAUUGCGUUGUUAGAAAGAAACUUUAAUGGAACCCAAGAAGAAGUUCGGAGAUUGAGAAAUUAUAUAAAGGAAACUGCCGAGGAAAAAGAAUUUUGCGAAAAAACAUAUAAAAGAGAAGCAAUGGAUCUAAGAAAAGUGGUCGAAAAUAAAUCUGAGGAAAUCGAAAAGUUAAAGGAAGAACUGAACAGCUCUCAAAAGAUUGCGGUAGAGAAUCAGAAGCUGAAAGCAAAAAUAGAAAAGUUAGAAAAAAAACUUCAACAAAAAAAUGAAGAGAUUGCGAAACUUGUUCAUAAAGAAAACGAAACUAGGUUUUUGAAGGCGUUAGUUGAGGAAAAAAACGAAGAACUUGAAAAGCUUAAGUUAGAAAUGCAAGCAGCACUUGAUAGAAUGGAACGAUUUCGUUUGCAAGAAGAAAUCAUCGAAGAUUCAAAUAAUGCUCUAAAAAGCGAUAUGAAAAUUUUACAAGAAAGAAAUGAUGAACUUAGAGCAUCCAUCGAAGAAAAUAUUCAAGAAGAAUUAGCUCUUCUACAAUCUGCCAUUUUAGAAGCGGAAAGACGCAUGGACCGUAUGAAAGAAGAAAAUAACACUUUGAAAGAAAAAACUAUUGCAGCAGAAGCAUCUUCGAAAGGAGGAAAAUCACAGUUUGACAUUGAUAAUGUUGUUUUAGUUAAUCGUUUAAAACGGUAUGAAGAAGAACUUCAGAAAGUAAACGAGGAACUGCACGCAAAAAUCCUUGCUGAAAACGAAAAUGAGAUUCUUUUAAAUAAGAAAGACUCGCAAAUCCGGGUAUUAACUGAUAGUUUAAAUGUUUUAAAGGAAGAUAUUUUAAAAGGUUCAAAAACCGAAUCAAAAUCAAGCAGUGACAUAGAGUUUUUAAUUGCGCAACUUAUGACUGAAAAUAAAAGACUUGUCGAGGAGUUGAAUAACAAAGACAUGAUUAUUGAUGAUUUCAGAAACGCUUUUGUGAAUGUAGCAGCCGAAUGGGAUCAGCGAGUCACUUUUGAGACAAACGAUUCUUUCAAAGAAAAUAUCAGAAAAGAAUUUAAUUUUGAUACAGCUCUUACAGGAAUAAAAGAAAGUUUAAAAAAAUCUCAUUAUGAAUUGGUAGAUAAGGUUGCAGCUCUUCACAAAGAACUUAAAGAGAUGAAGGAGGAAAAUCGAACGUUAAAGAAACAAAAAGAAUUUUCUACAAAAGAAUCCCGACUAAUAGUCCGAUUUGAAAAGCUGAACGAAGAAAACAGUAAACUAAGAAAUCUAAUUGGCUGUCAAAACGUUGAUGAAGUUAAAUCUGCAUUGUGUCAAGAGAAUGAUCGUUUGUUUAAUGAAAACAGUUUACUUAGAACAGCUCUUAAUGAAGAUCGAAAAGAACUAGUUGAUAGUAAUUUGCGCAAACGGGACAAAAUAAAACUUCUUGAACAAGAAUUAAAGGACACAAGGAAAGUUCUGAAAUUAAAUUUAAAACAAACAAAUGAGGAUUUAAACUUUUCAAGAGACAUUUAUUUGAAUAACUCAAGUGAACGCAUUUUGAAUCAAUCGAAAGAGUCAAAGCUGGAGCAAAACGCAAUAGUUAAGGAACCAAGUGGGUUACCUCCAAAAAGUAAAAAAAGAAGCGCAAAGCAAUCAAGUUCACAGACAUCAUCAAACGAGAAAGCAGCUUUCGCCGAGAUGAUUCAGCAAAACGAAAUAAUCAGAAAACUUCAAGAGGAUAACGAACGUCUUAGAAUGAACGCAACGACUAACAAAGAAGACAAAAAAGAAAUCGAGGUUUUAAAAUCUGAAAGAGAAAAGUUGAAACUUGUAAUACGCUCAAAUGAAGCAUUUGAAGAAGAAGUGAAUGAAUUAAAAAACCUUUUAAAAGAAAAAAACAGAGAAUUAUUAAGAAGCAAAGAAAUAAUAUCAGGUUACGAAAAAGAAAUAACAUUUUUACGAGACUACAAUGAAGGAUUGACUCCUACUGCAAGUCCAGACGGUAAACGCAGUAGUUUCAAAAAAACGGAAAAAGAAACGUUAUUGCUUGAGAACGCAGCACUUAAAUCUGAUCUAGAUAAAGCUUUAAAAGAUAUAGAAAAACUUAUCGAAAUAGUAGACCGUAGAAAAUUAAGUCUGAGUAAUCCACUAAACAAAAAAAGCGUUUCAUGUAACGAUAUUACGAUACUAGAUCAUGAAAGUAAAAACAUUCAAAAAAAUAAAAACUUUAAUUAUUCGUUAGAUAAUAGUAUGACAGAGAUUAAUUCUUUAAAGCAAGAAUUAAUUGAAUCAGAAACCUCUCGCAAUAAAGCUUAUGACGAAAUUGGAAAACUUAAAGCAACUCUUCAAAGCUUUAGAAAUGAAAAAGACAAAAGAGAUUUUGUAGAAGAUGAAAGGAAGCAGAAACAAAUUAUUGAAGAGUUAAAAAACAGUUUAGAAGAAGCAAUGCGUGAAAAAAGAAAAAUAAUCUCACAAAACUUACAAGACAAAAUCACACUCGAAGAAAAAAUAAACUCUAUGGUUAAAGAAAUUAAUAAACUAAAAGAAGAAAAAUUAAUUUUAGAAGCAGAUAAUAACAUUAAAAGAGUUGAAUAUACAGAAAAAAACGAUGAUGGCAACGACUGGUUUCAAAGUGAUUUGAAAAAACGAUUUUCUCUCCUAAGUCCUGAUGACCAACGUGGCAAUUUAUCUGAUAGAAAACAUGCUCGCGAUCACGGCAGAUUAAUUAGAAAACUCCAGGUUGAAAAUCAAACUCUACGAGCAAAGAUGCUAACAUUGGAAGAAGAAGGUGUAGAAACAAUAAAAAUUAUUGCUGAUAUGGAACGAGGGCACGGUCACUUAACCGGAACGCUUCGAACACAUUUAGUACUUCAAAAAGCUUCGACUGCAAAACUUUUAGAAAGCUCUAUCGAACAGUAUGCUGCUGAUUUUGAAAACUUUAAACGUAAGUUUAAAUCACUUGAAACAAAGUACGAUCGAGACAAAAAAUCAUCAAAACGAAGAGACCAUGCUUGGGAUUUUUUUACAAACGCAUCUGCUUCCAUCACUAACAUUCAUAACAUACUUAAUGAAGGGUUUUUUAAGUUUGAAGAAGAUCUGGAAAAAGAUUUGGAUGAAGAUUUCGUUAAUAAAGAUUAUAAAUCAAGAUUGUGGAUAAUGAGACGACAAUUAAGUGACGUCGAAAAACGUCAUCGUGAGCUGCAACUUCGUGCAGAAGAACUGAACAUUAGGUUACACGCAAAGACUGCUGAAUACGAAGUAACGCAAGAAGAACUAGAAGAUACUACACGAGAUUUAGAGUCGCGAGAUUCAAUAUUGCACAGAUUAAAAAAAGAUGCAUUGCGACUUUCUAAAGAAAAUCAAUCACUUAGUAGAGUGAUCAAAAUACUACAGGAAAACGAAGAAAAAACAAUUAAAGAAGUGAUCAUGCAUAAUACAGUUCUUCAAAGCGAAAUAAAUGAACUCAGUGAAAGUCACGACAAUAGGCUAAGAGAUGUUCACGCUAACAUUUUAGAAUUGAGCGAAUCUCUGGAAGAAAAACAAAAAUCCUUAAGUGAGGCAAUUCGUUUACGGGAUUUAGCUAAAAAAGAAACAGAAGAAUGUUUACGACGAAUACAGUAUUUAGAAAAAAAACUCCAUGAAAUGACUGAACAAAGAGACAAACUAAAAAAAGAAGCAGAAAACCGAGCUGGUUAUAUGGCAAAAGCAAAUGAAGAUCAUGGUACAAUUCAUUUGUUAAGAGAUGAUUUAAAAAAGCUUGCUAAAGAAAAUGCAGAUAUGAAGCAAGAACUAUCAAUAAAACAAAGACUAAUGUAUGAUAUGUCAAAAGAUCUUCAUACCUUGCGUUUAAAAGAAGAUGGCAAAGUAUCUGAAAGAAAAAUGUUCAAAAAAGAAGAUGAAAUUGCGCAAUUGCAGCAUGAAAUAUCUGAGUUAAAAACAGAAAAGUUUAUUCUUGAAACAAAAGUCAAAGAUCUUGAAAGAAAGAGAGAUAAACCAUUCUCAAAAGAAGAUAAGUUUCUGGAAAAAGCAUACCGCAACAAGCUCGUUGAAAAAGAAGCAGAAAUUCAGGAAAUAAAAAAUGAGCUAACUUUUAUUAAGUCAAACCAAGAAAAAAAACAAAUUACAAACAAAAAUUUAUUGGACCAGGGCGAUGAUUCAAAUGAGCUUUUUAUUUCUUAUAAAAAGUUGCAGCAGCAGUUAAAGGAGUUCGAAGAAAAACGAGAUAUUGAAAUAAAAGCUCUUACAAAAGAUAUUCAUCAAAAACGACGCAGAAUUAGUGAGUUAUUAAAAUCGAUAGAAGAACUAAAACAAGCCAAGUCUCCAAACGUAAACGAAAUUGAAAAACUUGUUGAAAAUAUUGAAAUUGAGGAACAACAAUCAUUAUUGUUGGAAAUCGAUGCAAAAGAGCGCGAAACUGAAGAAUGGAAGAAGAAAACACAUUACCUCGAAAGUGAGCUUAGACAAGCCAGAUCAGUUUUAUCAGCUUCAUCUUGCGAAGACGAUAAAUUUAAAAAAGUUUAUCUUAACAAAAUGCUACCAUAUAGCGGCAGUGUUUUGUCGGGUGGAUAUUUUGAUCGCAAAACGCCGGGACAAGAUUCUCUUUCAUUGAUGUCAAAAACACCCGAAGAUGAAGAUAUCUACCAUAAACAAGAAGAUUACGAACCAAAAGAAAGCAAUUAUGAUUCAAAAGUGAUAAAUAAACUAUUAAAUCGUACAAAAAGUAACGAAAACAUUAAAAAAACUUCAAAGAUACCUCAACGGCGCUUACCAGCGCCUAAAACUUUAAAUACUAAACUCAGACACAUACCUUCUAAAGCAUCUGAAAAAACAGAAACAUGCGAAGAUAAUGGAAACGAUGACGACCUAGAAAUUUCUUUUGACAAGGUAAAUAAUUUUCUUCAUGGAGGUCCUAAAGUUUACAGAAAUACAUUAGGAACAACUGAACAAAACUACACAUACGAUGAAAACGCUUUCUCACGACUCCAACGAGACAUUGACAAAUUAACAAACGAAAAUACAAUGUUAAAAGUUAAUCUAUCAGAAUUAAAAAAGUCUUUAAAAAAAAGUGUUUCUGGUACGCCUAAAGUUGUAACAGAAAAAAACGUUUUAUUGAUCGAAGAAAAUAAGUCAUUGAAAGACCUUCUCGAAACUCAGACACAAAACGUGUCUUCUCAAGAACGUGUAAUAAAAUCGCUUAAAAGUGACAUGGAAAAUUGUAAAAGCAAAUACAUUGAACAUUGUGAUAGAAUUUCAGAGGAACUUAAAGAAAAGAAAAGAGAAGUGCGUAACUUAAAAAAAAAUGUUAAAGAAUUACAGAUUUUAAAUAGUAAAGUAGCUGUUAAUGGCUCUUGUAAUGAAUCACUAAACCAAAACAAAAAUAUAUCGAGUUCUUUCGGUGAACAAAGUAAAGUUGAAGAGCUAGAAAAAAAACUGAAAGAAACUGAAACCACCUACGAAGAUGUUUUAAAGCAAGCUGAAAAAGCAUUAGAGGAUGCCAAGCACAAAUUAACAGUACAGCAUAAGCAAAACAAAGAAUUGACAAAAAAAGUGAAUGAAAUACAAGUAGAUAAUCAGUUAAAAGAAACGUAUUUCGAAGAAUUAAAAACGGAGCUGACAGAAACCCUUGCAGAAAAAAACAGUUAUAUUUCUUCUUUAAAUAAAGAAUAUCAAGAUUACAAACGUAGAAGCGAAGAAGAAUACGACAAAAUUUCAAAACAACUUAGAGAAUUAGAAAAGCAAUGCCAAGACUACAAAAUUCUCCUUGAAAAUAGCGAAAGCACUACCUCGGAAUUUGUCAAUCAUUCAAAAUAUGAAGCAGUUCAUAUUAAUGAUGAAGUAAACGGAGCAAAAGACAUUGAAAGUUUAAAGCCUAAAUAUAGUAAACCAAGGGGAAAACAUGAAUCCUUGGUAAACACACUAGAUAUGAUAUCUGACGAUCGUUCCAUUAAGACAGACAUAGAUGAUAAAAAUUAUGAAAAUCGCAAAAUUGAUUACGAAAUAGAAUACGAGAUUUUGAAAGGAUGCAACGAAGAAUUAGAAGAGCAGAUUUUUAAUCUUGAAAAUAAACUAAAAGAAAAUGAAAAGUAUAUUCAGUGUGCAGAAAAUGCAAUCAACGAAGCAAAGAUGGAAGGUGCAUCAGCUUUGAUGAAACUGCAGCAAGCUUUGAAUCAAACUGAUACUUUGGAAGACCAGAAACAACGGUUAGAACAAAAGGUUAGAGAGCUUGAAAAACGUGAACUUGAGAAAAAUGGAAUAUAUAACUUUGCUCUCCAAAAACAGAGUCUUGAAAAUACUGAGCAAAUUGAACAACUUAAAAGUAUAGUUGAUGAGUAUGAAGUGGAAAUGCAUAGAAGUGACACCAUGUUAAAAAAAGAAAAAUCAAUUAAUAAGAAAUCGAUUGAGGAGUUUAAAGAGGUUAUAAAAUCAUUCGAAGAAAAAUUAAACAAGAAAAACAAAGAGAUUGAAAUGUUAAAAGAUCAAAAUGAAGGAAAGAACACUCAGCUUAAGUUGAACGAUUUAAAAAAAAAACUAGAAGAAAAACAAAAGCAAUUAAACGAAAAAGAUAAAGAAAUUUCUGAUUUAGAAUCUCAACUGCAGAAAUGGAUUCUAAAAUCAAUUAGUGAAUCAUAUGAUGACCCAAAAACUUUGCUCGAGCAAUCCAACAAUAUACUGGACAUGUCAAAUGACUCCGAAGAGUUUAAAAACAGCUUUACUAAAAACUUCAAUGUUAAUGUUGACAACGAAUUAAACAAUCUGAGAAAAAAGAAUUCUGCUUUGCAACUAGAGUUAAAUGAUAAAUGUAGAGAAAUAGAUUUAUGUAUGGAAAGAUUUAAUAACAAACAAGAAGAAUUACAAAGUGUUUUAAAAAUGAAAGAGAAGUUGACAAACGAAAUCUACAAAAAAGAAAGCUAUAUUCAGAAGUUAAAUAACUUACUCAAACAUAGUGGCAUUUCCAACGAAAAUUCCAAAUCUUUUCAGGAAGUAGUUUCUUCUUUUAGUGAGGAGUACAAGGAGAAUGUACCAACACAGGUUCUUGAAAAUGAGGAAAAUUUUAGUUCAGAAACGUCAAAACUUUCAGAUACUCGUAAUAAAAAUAAAAUGCUUAUCGUAAAACUUUAUAAAGUUGAACAAGAAAACAUGACUUUCAAAGCCUUAAGUCGUCAAUACAAAGAGCAAUCAACAGAAUUAAAAGAUGAAUUGCUCGUGGCAAGAGAGAAAAUUAAUCAACUUCGUUCUUUGAUUUAUGAAAACUCAACAGACGACUCGAAUUUGAAAAUUAAAUCAAAAUUACUUAUAGCUUUUGAAGAACUAAGGGAAAAAUCUAUUGAAAUUGCUGAGUUAAAUUUGAAAUUAGAAAUUCAAAGCCAAGAGUUGGAUAAUCAUAAGUCUUGCGGAUUUGCGCAGACUUUUGAAGAAAAAAACACUAAACUUAAUCGAUCAACUAAGGUUGAGUCAGAAGUUGAUGACCAAGAGUUAGUUGAUCAAAAUAUUCAACUCAGAAGCCAACUAAUCAGCAAAUCACAACACUGCGAUUUUUUGCAAGACCAAAUUUUUAAACUCGUCAGCAAAGUCAAAAGUAUCGAAAAAAAUUUGUUACACGAAAAUGAAUAUUUAAAAGAAAAAUAUAUUUUCAAUAAAAACAUUCCAGAGCAAACAGAUGUUACAGAAGUGACUCCGCUAGGAAAUACUUUUACUUUACUAUCGAAAAAAGCAAAAGAUGACGCUAACGAAACAAUACUUUUAGAUGGUUUUGAAGAAUAUAAAAACGAAGAAAAUGAUUCACAGAAAGAAAAAAUUUCUAACUUACAAAACUUAAUUACCCAAAAUGAUUAUGAAAAAUCUUGUUUAAAAGAAGAGAAUAACGAAUUAAAAUUAGAAAUCAAUAAGUUAAUGAAAGAAAUAGAAGUUCUCUACAAAGAUAUUGAACAACAACGUCAAAAGUUAUCCAAAGGAAACGAAAAUAUAAAAGAAAGAGAAGAAGCAAUAAAAUGUCUACAAACACAACUCUUAAAGGCUAAUAACAAAGCUUUAAAGUUAGAAAAUGAAAUACGUCAAAUCAACAAGGAAAAACAAUCCCUUCUUGAACAACUUGAAAUACAAAAACGUCGUUAUAACGAUGAUAUUAUGAACACAAAAUCAACAUUUUUACAAGUAAAAGAAGAACACAUAAACUCACUUAAAGAAGAAUUGGCAAGUACAAUCGAGGAAAAGUUAAAACUGCAAGUGAUUCUUAAGGAACAACAAUUAGAUUUAAACCAAAAAGAGGAGUUAGCAAAUAAACUUACUAAAGAAAAUAAAAAAAUAGACUUUAAUUUAAAAAUGAAAGAAGAGGAAAUGGACGAACUAGUUAACGCUUUAUCGCUGUUAGAGGCUGAAAAUAUUAGGCUGGUUGAUUGUUUAAAUAUGCGCGUGCAUUAAACAAAAAAAAAAAAAAAAAAAAAAAAAUCUUUAUUCAUGUUAAAAA